UCCUGCUCUACAUACACUUCUUCUUCGAGGGAAUACCUGGUAAUACCCAAAGGACUAGGCCUAUAGCGCAUCUACCAGAAAUAUAAUAUCAACUUUUCCGUGCAGAUGCUUGUGGGAUGACACGUUCUCAAAUUAGGUAUGAUGACAGUAUGACGUUGUCCUCCUCUCUGCCCUGAUAAUGUACGAGGUGAUGCAGGGAGACACUACCACCCUGUCCUGGAGGCUACCCAGCCCCGGCCACAACGACGGCCCACAACAGAGCCCCUUCAGCGGGGAGGGAGGACCUACUAAGAUCCUUAAAGUUUGUUUCUCCACCAACAACAACGCCCUGGGGAAGAACUUCAAGCUGGUCAAGUGUGACAGUUCCUGGCAGAUCAGGGCUAUAGUCCAGUCUGUCCUGAACAGUGGUAGACUGGGCCCUAACAUCCAGUAUAAAGGCUGCUAUGGUCUGUUGCUGAAGCACCUCAAGUCAGACGAGCUCCACUGGCUCCAUCCAGACCUGACCGUGGGGGAGGUGGAGCAACGCUAUGAGAGUCAUCACGUGGAGGCAGAGUGGAGGUAUGACCUGAGAGUCCGCUACAUUCCAGUCAACUUCCUGGAAAAGUUUAAAGAAGACAGAACCACAUUUCUGUAUUUCUAUCAACAGGUGCGUAGUGACUACAUGCAGUACCAUGCCAGUAAAGUCAGUGAUGUAAUGGCCCUGCAGCUGGGAUGUCUGGAGAUCAGGAGGUUCUAUAAAGACAUGAAUGCUAAAGGCCUGGAGAAAAAGUCCAACUUUGAAGUGUUAGAGAAGGACGUGGGGCUGAACCUGUUCUUCCCUCAGGAGCUCAUCGACAGCAUGAAGUCUCGUCAUCUUCGUAAGAUGAUCCAGCAGACGUUCCAGCAGUACGCCACUCUGAAGGAGGAUGAGUGUAUGGUUAACUUCUUCCAGACACUCACCGACUUCAUCACCGUUGGCGAAGAGGUCUACCCUUGUGAACUGGUGCAAGGCUGGAGUCUGUCAGUAGAGCUGGUGAUAGGAGCCAGGGGCAUUCGCCAACGCACCCAUAAAGACUCAGCACCUGUGUGUCUAGCGAACUUCAAACAGAUCAAGAGCAUCAAGUGUUUAUCUCAGAGUGACAACAAAGCCCUCCUCAAUCUUGACAUAGACGGAGCCAGACAGCCUCUGUCUAUCAACGUGACUAAGUUUGCGAUGGCAGAGAACAUGGUGGACCUUAUUGAUGGUUACUGUCGUUUGGAGCACGCCACUGACGAGUCGUUCAUCGUCAGACCUAACAAAGACGCCAAUCUACGAUGUUCCCUUCCAGAUCUGCCCACAAAUCAAAUGGAAAACCCAGGUUGCUUCAGAUAUAGCAUGGGAUCUGAAAUCUACGCUGAGAUUGAUGAACGACCGAGGUCUGUGGUGAAGUAUGGAAUCCACAGAGAUGACAUUGUUCUGGGACGGAUACUUGGCGAGGGUUUUUUCGGGGAGGUCUAUGAAGGAAUGUACAAGAAAUCGGCAAGUCUGUCUCCUGACACCCUACUCAUACAGUCAAUUCUAACACCUCAAAUGUGUCUAACUUUUUGUGUGUGUGUGUGUGUGUGUGUCUGGUUUGUGUGUGUGUGUGUGUGUGUGUCUGGUCUCUGUGUUUGUGUGUGUGUGUGUGUGUGUGUGUGUCUGGUCUCUGUGUGUGUGUGUGUGUGUGUGUGUGUGUCUGGUCUCUGUGUUUGUGUGUGUGUGUGUGUGUCUGGUCUCUGUGUUUGUGUGUGUGUGUGUGUGUGUCUGGUCUCUGUGUUUGUGUGUGUGUGUGUGUGUGUGUGUGUGUGUCUGGUCUCUGUGUUUGUGUGUGUGUGUGUGUCUGGUCUCUGUGUUUGUGUGUGUGUGUGUGUCUGGUCUCUGUAUGUGUGUGUGUGUCUGGUCUCUGUGUUUGUGAACCAGAAUGGGGAGAGAUUAAGCGUGGCGGUGAAGACCUGUAAAGACUGUUCACCUGACAUCAUGGAGAAGUUCAUGAGUGAAGCAGUGAUCAUGAAGAACCUGAAACACCCCCACAUCGUCAGUCUGAUCGGUGUCAUAGAGGAAGACCCAGUGUGGAUUGUCAUGGAGUUAUACCAGUAUGGAGAGCUGGGCAAAUACCUAGAAGAGAACAAGCACAAGCUGACCAACAUAACGCUGGUCCUCUUCAGCCUGCAGAUCUGUAAAGCUCUGGUCUACCUGGAAGGAAUCAACAUGGUGCACAGGGACAUAGCGGUGAGGAACGUGCUGGUGGCCACAGCAGACUGUGUUAGGCUGGGAGACUUUGGUCUGUCCAGAUACAUCGAGGAAGAAGAGUAUUACAAGGCCUCAGUUAGCCGAUUACCUAUAAAAUGGAUGGCUCCAGAAUCCAUUAACUUCAGACGCUUCACAACGGCUAGUGAUGUCUGGAUGUUUGCGGUGUGUAUGUGGGAGAUCCUGAGUCGAGGGCAGCAGCCUUUCUUCUGGUUGGAGAACCGUGACGUCAUCAUCCAGCUGGAGCAAGGCAUCAGACUACCCAAACCUGACGAAUGCCCUCCUGCCCUCUACUCCCUCAUGACACGCUGCUGGUCCUACAACCCCCGCGAGAGACCCUCUUUCACAGAGCUGGUCGUUAAGAUCAGUGACGUCCAUCAGAUGGAGAAGGAGCAGGAGGCAGAGCGAGAGAGGGACAGAAAACGCCCCAUCAAGUUCUUUGACACCAAGUUCAAAUUCAACGAGCCUCCUCCUAAGCCCUCCAGGAUGAAACCUGGGGGUCGUUUUGGUAACAAUAUUGGCCUGCACGUUCAGCUGAAUGAGGCCCUGUGUGCCAGCUCUCCAGACCUGGUCAGUCCCUGUGAAUACACCACUGUUCUAGACUCUAGGAGCAACACAGUGGUCGUGCCCAUGAUGUCUCCACGACGAUGCAGCAUGGGGGAGGGUGAGUUCAUCGUGGAGCCGUCCAGUAAGGAGGACGCCCAGCGGUUGUGGCAGAUGGAGAGAGAGCGUAUGCAGGAGACGAUGAGACAACAGAAACAACAGAUGAUGGAGGACAACAAGUGGCUGACCAAGGAGGAGAGACUCCUGGAUCCCAUGAGACAGGAGGAUGCCCCCAGCCCACUGUCACCUGAAGCUGAGACUGGACAUGCCGCGCCAGACAAGCCCCCACGUCUCACCGCCCCCACAGCCCAGGCCGCCCCCACAGCAGAGCUGGACCGGUCAGGUGACCAGGUGUACCAGGCGGUCAUGGAGCUGGUCAAGGUGGUGGUGCAGUUGAAGAACGAUGUCAACACACUACAGCCUGAACAAUACAUCAACAUAGUGAAGUCUGUAGGGUUGACCUUGCGGAGUCUGAUCCACAGUGUGGAUGAUAUUCUACCUACCCUGCAUGAAUCCAUCAGGACAGAGAUCGAGGGCACCCAGAAGCUGUUGAACAACGACAUGUCAGAGUUGAUCAGUAAGAUGCGUCUGGCCCAGCAGAACGCCAUCACCUCUCUGAAGGAAGAGUGUAAGAAACAGAUGCUGACUGCAGCACACAACCUGGCCAUGGAUGGGAAGAACCUUCUGGAUGCUGUGGACCAGGCCAGGGUCAGGGCCAACCUGGCCAAGCCCAAACCGGGAGACCCCAUAGUGGGGUAAUACCCACAGCCCCCCCCCCCUCUCUGGAUGGAUGAUUUACAAGUGUGUUGUUUUGCUUUGUCUUCAUUGGAAGACAGGUCAGAACCAAGCGACUGAUUGGAUGGACAUCAGUGACUUGCUGGUACAAUAGUCGAGAUGACUGGCAUCAAUAUGACUGGCAUCAAUAUAACUGGCAUCAAUAUGACUGGUAUCAAUAUGACUGGCAUCAAUAUGGCUGGCAUCAAUAUGGCUGGCAUCAAUAUAACUGGCAUCAAUAUGACUGGCAUCAAUAUGACUGGUAUCAAUAUAACUGGCAUCAAUAUGACUGGCAUCAAUAUAACUGGCAUCAAUAUGACUGGCAUCAAUAUGACUGGCAUCAAUAUAACUGGCAUCAAUAUGACUGGCAUCAAUAUGACUGGCAUCAAUAUAACUGGCAUCAAUAUGACUGGUAUCAAUAUAACUGGCAUCAAUAUGACUGGCAUCAAUAUGACUGGCAUCAAUAUGACUGGCAUCAAUAUAACUGGCAUCAAUAUGACUGGCAUCAAUAUGACUGGUAUCAAUAUAACUGGCAUCAAUAUGACUACUGGCAUCAAUGUGACUACUGGCAUCAAUAUGACUGGCAUCAAUGUGACUACUGGCAUCAAUAUGACUGGCAUCAAUAUGACUGGUAUCAAUAUGACUGGCAUCAAUAUAACUGGCAUCAAUAUGACUGGCAUCAAUAUGACUGGCAUCAAUAUAACUGGCAUCAAUAUGACUGGCAUCAAUAUGACUGGCAUCAAUAUGACUGGCAUCAAUAUAACUGGCAUCAAUAUGACUGGCAUCAAUAUGACUACUGGCAUCAAUAUGACUGGCAUCAAUAUGACUACUGGCAUCAAUAUGACUGGCAUCAAUAUGACUGGCAUCAAUAUAACUGGCAUCAAUAUAACUGGCAUCAGUGUGACUAAAAAUGUAAUGUCAGGAUUCAAAUGGACAGAAAAGAGGACUUCCUUGUGUGAUAUUUGUUUAUCAUCUCAGUGCUUUAAAUUAAAGACAUGCUCUGGAACUUUG